GAAACGUUUGUCACGGGAAACUAGCAAAAUGAAUCUUGCAUGAAUCUCACGAAGAAAAGAGAAAAAAAGAAAAAAAAAAGUAUAAGUGUUGUUAGGGUAAAUUUUAAACAAACUCACGAUCAUGACGAGAUAUACAGCUACUUAUGGGCAUAUGUAUGUACAAAUACAACACAAACGAGUUACGUGUAGCUCAAGCGAAAACCCAGCAAAAUUUCCCAACACCCUUUUACCCUCUCUCUCUCUCUCUCCCAUCUCAAACUGCUCAAUUUUAUGAUUAGUUUGGUACGAGGAACGGGUAAAACGAGGAGGAAGAGGAGAGGAGAAGCAGAGGAAGAAGGAAGGAUGCGCAAGUCUUUCAAGGAUUCGCUCAAAGCUCUUGAAGCUGAUAUCCAGUUUGCCAACACACUAGCUUCUGAGUAUUCAAGUGGAGGUGCCAGCUUCCAAAUGAGAUUGUCCUACAGUCCAGCUGCUCAAUUCUUCCUUUUUCUUGUUCAGUGGACUGACUGUCACCUUGCUGGAGCCUUAGGAUUGCUCCGAAUUCUAAUAUACAAGGCUUAUGAAGAUGGAAAGACAACCAUAUCCAUUUACGAAAGAAAAGCCAGUCUAAAGGAAUUCUAUGGUGUGGUGUUUCCCUCUUUAUUGCAACUUCACAGAGGAAUCACUGAUGUUGAAGACCGAAAACAAAAACAUCUAUGUGCUACUAAGUAUAAUCUUAAAGAUUUGACAAGCAAAGGAAAGUUUUCUGAAACUGACAUUGAGAGAGAAGAAGAGUGUGGUAUUUGCUUGGAGAUGAACAGCAUGGUUGUAUUGCCCAACUGCUAUCAUUCAAUGUGUAUGGAAUGCUACCAAGACUGGCAUGCAAGAUCUCAAUCUUGUCCUUUCUGUCGAGACAGUCUCAAAAGAGUAAACUCUGAUGAUCUUUGGAUCUACAUUAGCAGCAGUGAGAUCAAUGACUUGGCUUCAAUCAACAAGGAGAAUUUGAAAAGAUUGUUCAUGUACAUAGAAAGUUUGCCUGUAAUUGCCAGAUCCUACAUUCACCAUCUCAUAUCAUCACCAUUAGUGAUUGCCAAUUAGGAGAAAGUUCAUUCAAGCCUAUAAGUUUCUAAUAUUUAUGAUUCUCAGUUUGUGCAGGAAUUUCUCUGUUUGUAAAUACAUGUUACCUUGUGAUCACAGUCCAUAUUAUAUACUCAUUUCAAUGGAAUUAAAUUAAGGGUU